UUUGGAUCCGCCCAACCCGCAGGAAACCCAGCGAUAGGUGGUUCAGAGGAGAAUUCAUAUUAAAACUGGAUUUUCGUUAUUUUUUGUUAACUUUUUUGUGUUGUUAUGGAGGAACCACUUUCAAUUCUGCGCUGUCUUGGGGAAUGUCAUAGCGCGGAACUGUUUAAUGAGGACAAUGUGAAGACGGUUACUUCAAUCGAACAGAGAAAAGUUGAAGACAGUGUACAAGAGGUAUUCAGUGCUUACAAGAUAAAUCACAGAUUGUCACAACCCAGUCUGCAACGGGAGCAGCAUUACAUCUAUUUAAAGAGGGGUUUACGGCACCUUUCUGAUGCCUAUGAGUGUCUUGAUGCAAGCAGGCCCUGGCUUUGCUAUUGGAUCCUACACAGCCUGGAGCUCCUGGAUGAACAAGUCCCUUCAUCUGUAGCAUUGGAUGUGUGUAAAUUCCUGGCCCGAUGUCAGAGUCCCAGGGGCGGGUUUGCAGGGGGCCCUGGCCAGCAUCCGCACCUUGCUCCCACUUACGCAGCCGUCAACGCGCUCUGCAUCAUCGGCACAGAGGAGGCAUACAAUGUGAUCGACAGGCAAAAACUGCUAGAGUUCUUGUAUUUACUGAAACAGCCUGAUGGAUCGUUCAUCAUGCACGUGGGAGGUGAAGUGGAUGUCAGAAGUGCUUAUUGUGCCGCUUCGGUGGCAUCCCUGACAAACAUCAUCACACCCUCUCUGUUUGAGGGAACCCCCAUUUGGAUUACAAGGUGUCAGAACUGGGAAGGGGGUAUUGGUGGUGUACCUGGACUAGAGGCUCACGGUGGUUAUACUUUCUGCGGAAUGGCUGCCAUGGUGAUCCUUCAAAAGGAGCACAUGCUGGACCUCAAAUCCUUGUUACGCUGGGUAACCAGCAGGCAGAUGCGAUUUGAAGGAGGGUUUCAGGGCCGCUGCAACAAGCUGGUCGAUGGCUGUUACUCAUUCUGGCAAGCUGGACUGCUUCCCCUCCUGCACAGAGCCCUGCAUACCCAAGGGAGUCCCAGCCUCAGCAUGACGAACUGGAUGUUUCAUCAGCAGGCUCUACAGGAGUACAUCCUUCUCUGCUGUCAGAACCCAUCUGGAGGGCUCCUGGAUAAGCCUGGCAAAUCCAGAGACUUUUAUCAUACCUGCUACUGUCUAAGCGGACUUUCUAUAGCACAGCAUUUUGGGAGCUGGGAGAUCCAUCACGAAGUGAUCCUGGGCAAAGAGGAAAACCGCUUGACCCCAACUCACCCAGUAUACAACAUCUGUCCUGACAAAGUAGCACAAGCCGUACAGCACUUUCAUCAGAUGGCUGUCCCUGGGAAGAGUGGAGCAAAGUCCCAGACUCCUAACCUCUAAUACUUUCUUCAGAAAAAACUUUGGGUAACAUUCUAGGUUUAGGUAAUUUUAUAGGUAAUGCUCUGGUUUAUCAUACUUGUCUGCAUGGACAUAUGAAGCUGUGAAAUCCUUGUUUCUGCAAGGCCAGCUGACUUGUGGUACUAGGAAGUGAAAAUGCAUGUGGAAGUUUGUGAACACAAUCUGAGUGGUGAGACUAGUUGUAUAAAGGUCUUGGUGCCUGAAUUAACAAAACCAGUGCAGGAGUUCAUUGGGAGUCUGGUUCGGAUUUUUUUUUUUGCUAAUGAAAGGUUAAUGCAUUCAGUAUGGUAUUCCAGGACAAGGUGAUUAAAAACAAAAAUGUUAUUUUGAAUGGCUUUGUGUGAAGGGCAAGAAAUGUGUAGUGCCACUUGAAGCCUCCACAGUGAAUGAAUGUGGUGGGUAUUGUCUGUAUCCUCUACCUAUGCUGUUACCCAGAAGUAUUGCAGCAAGAAUUUUUUUUUUUUUUUUUUUUUUUUUU